GAAUUAACCCAUGGCAGCAUAUCCCAAAUCAUGUGUUGUUGUGAUUUUGACAUGUUUUUUGAUGGGUUUUUCUCAUGGAAUUCAUCUGGAUAAAAAUACGAUCGUUGCGUUUUUAGCUAGUGGUGUUGGUAGUGGUAGUGUUUCUGCAAUGCCAUGCGUGCAAAAACUAAUGCCAUGUCAACCAGCAUUGGCAGCACAUAUGAAAAAUCCUCCAGCAACAUGCUGUAUGCCAUUGAAAGAAAUGAUAUCAAAUGAUGCACAAUGCCUUUGCACUGUGUUUGGUAAUUCUGAUGUCAUGAAAAGUAUGAAUGUAACUCAAGAUGAAGCUUUAAAUUUUGCAAAAGCUUGUGGUGCUAAACCUGAUCUUUCCCUUUGCAAAAAAGCCCAUGGUGAAGCUUCAGCUCCAUCUCCCGCUACUUCUUCAGAUACUAACGAUUCGAGUUCCAGUAACAACACUGCAAGUCCACCAGCAGCAAACACAGCUAGUGUGACAUCCAAAUUUGGAGGAUUUGUUGCUGUUGCAUCUCUUAUGAGUUUAGUGAUAUAAUGUUGUUAGCAUUUUAAGGAUUAAUCAUUAAUUUGCUUAUUAGGAAAAGACAAUGUCUCGAUUAU